ACCGCCUUCCAGCGUCCCAAAAUGGCGCUGUGCCGCCCGCGGAGGCGUUUGUGGUACGGCGGUGCGUCUCGGUCCCGAGCGAGGACUGCCGCCGGCUGCCGUCACCUGACGAGAGGGAAAGGCAAGCUGAGCUGCACCCUCAGGGUAACUGGAUUUAAGAACGAAAUUAGUCCAACACCUCGCACUGGGAGAAUAAAGCUAAGUUGUCUGUCGGGGAAUAGGAAGACUGAAAACAGCAAAAUGAUUUUCUUCCAGAGAUGAGGAAACUUGUCAGGGUUACUAGGAGUGAGGUCCCCCGCUGAUGCAGUUUAUCUGGCUACCUAUUGAGGACACUGCCCACUCACAAGAGAGAAAGAUGAACUACAUAAGGCCUGAAUUCAUGCUUUGAUUUCUGAGCAAGCAGUGAAAAAUUAAUCUGCCUAGCAACAAAAGAUGCUCUCUCGCCCUCUAGUGGAAGAUAAUAACAUCGUUGUUUUUCCUUUGCAUCUGUAAACCAUCAGAAUUCACUGUGUGCAUCUGAAAUUCUGGAAAGUGACGAUGAGAAUCCCAGAGAGGAAUUUUUCAUUAAAGUGAGCAGUAUAUUAACAGAAAGACAGACACAUAAGUAUGAACUACUCCAGUUUUAACAGGGGCAAAAUACAAGGUGCAGAUAUACUGUUUAUUUUGUAUCAAAUUAUUCCAACUACUGAGAAAUUACUGUGGUGCUCUGUUUAACCAGUCUACAGAAUAGUGUCUUCACCAUCACAAAAGGUGAGGGAACAUUGCUAACAAAGUCUAGCCUAUAAAGUAUGCUAGCCUGCACAAGUAAGCAUGGGUAAUGAUGACAGUUUUUUUUUGGCGUAUGCUAAGGAAUUACAAACAAUUCAAUAGUCCAGAUGUUUGUUUUGCCAAUAGACAGAGUCAGCAGGAAGGACACAGACAGCAAGUUAAAGAAUCGAGUUCAUCUUUACUUACAUUUAAAGUAAUUAAAUCAUAAGUGAAAUGAUACACCAAGAAUAAAACAAAAGAAGGCAGUGCACCUAACCAUUACUACAUAAGAUGAACUAUAGUGAUUAAUAAAGAUAUAUCACCAGUUGCCCUAAUACUUUACCGUCAUCCGGUUGUUGCGGAGUCCCAAUUCCAGCGAAGAUUUGUAGAACCUUUCCUGGCAAAUGGGAGGUCCUCCACUGUCUUAGAAAUAAUACCUAAUCAAACGUCCGUGGCUCUUGACCUUCUGGCAGACCAAUUCAUUCAAAUGAGAAAUGCAAUUUUUCAACAUCAUGUGGUUUUUUGUUAUUUGUUGGUAGAAGAAGGGGGAGUUUGCAGAACAUUAAAUGAAUCCUAUUUUUACCUACAAAUUGAUGACAAUGGAAAAGUGGUAAAACAAAUAAUAAAGGAAAUGAAAAGGCUAGCACGUGUACCUAUCCAGAUGUGGAAAGGUUGGGAAUUGGAUAUGUUUUCAUGGCUGCUAGGGGGACCAUGGGUUAAGCGUGCACUUUUCUUUCUUCUUUGCGCAGCCACUGUUUUUUAUUCCAUGUUUAAUUCCCUGUUUUAUGCAACUAAUUAGAUGCGUUUUAAGAGGAAUGCAAAUCAUAGCCAUGACUAAUGAGCAGAAGUUAACUGAGGCACAAAAAGAGAGGCCUUUUUGUCUAAUGCCUAUGUCUAAGAGUGUAUUUAACAGGAGAUAUAUUAUGAAGGUUGUGGUUUAUCUUUAGGUCAAAGGACUGAUAGAGGUAGUAAAGCCUGAACAACAGGCCUUGAAAUGAAGCUGACCUCUAGAUGAACCUGACGACCAAAUACUAUGCUGCACGUGCAACGCAAUAUUUAUCUAUUUCGCUGUUUUAACAUGAAUAUAUAUAUAUUAAUGCUAGUCUAUAGAGAUCUAUUUAAUGCUUCUUGUGUAACAGUAACCAGUAGUGUAUCUUUAUUUAGGGGCGUGUUGCAAGGCCAUGACACCAGACAUCUGACCUUGUUGAGAAAUAUGUGGUUAAAGCCCAAAUAGAUAGAAAAACUCCCUUGGUUCCUCCUAGAGCCCUAGCCAGGCUUUGGAUGGAAUCAGAUGCUUCUGCACUUGAAAUUAUGUAACCUUGUUUAUUCAACUAUAUAAAAGCUGGACUCCCUUGCAAUGACUUUGGAGACCUCACCGACAAAUGAACGCACUGUGUUAGGACCUCCCAGUUGCCAGGAAAGGUUCUACAAAUCCUUGCUGCAACUGGGGCUCCGCAGCGAUUGCAGAUCUGCAUGAUGGUGUUUGUGUCCUCUGUACUGACCCCAUCCACUGGCAGAAGAACAUCCUCUGGUUGAAAGCACACACUUAGACAUUUGCUGACUGACAGCCACAGAGUUCACAAAAUUACUGAGAUGAUCUUGCCGAACAUACCUGUCGAUACCACUUCUAAAAGACUCUAACCGAGGAACAGCCUGAUUUUAGAUGACAGUCAUGUCCCAUUCAAAGGAUCUCAAGGACGACUUCCAUAGUGACACUGUACUUUCUAUUUUAAAUGAACAGCGCAUUAGGGGUAUUUUAUGUGAUGUCACCAUAAUUGUGGAAGAUACCAAAUUUAAAGCCCACAGUAAUGUGCUAGCAGCUUCAAGUCUUUACUUUAAAAACAUAUUUUGGAGUCGUACUAUCUGUAUCUCGGGUCAUGUACUGGAAUUAGAUGAUCUGAAAGCUGAAGUGUUUACAGAAAUACUGAACUACAUCUACAGUUCCACAGUGGUUGUUAAGAGGCAGGAGACUGUAACAGACCUUGCAGCUGCAGGGAAAAAACUGGGAAUAUCGUUUCUUGAAGAUCUUACAGAUGCUAAUUUUUCAAGCUCCCCCUGCCCUUAUGCAUACUGUGUUAGUGAGAAAGGGACUGUCAAAGAGGAAAAACAUGAAAAGAGACAUGAAGACUCGGCUGUGACAAACGGACCACGAAUUACAAAUGCAUUCUCAAUUUUUGAAACUGAAAAUAGUUUGUUUUCGCCACUUGAUUUGAGGGCAAACUUUAAAAAGGUAUCUGAGACAGUACAAACCCCCAGCGUCAGCCUUGACAGAAACAACACUUGCAAAGAUGCAGAGCCAGCCAGUACAUUGGCAGAGCACUCCUACGCCGUUUCUUCGGGGGGAGAUACUUUUCAAGGAACACCUCACUUUGAACAGGAAAGCAGCUCUUCGUACAACGCAGGUGAAGACCACUAUGAAAAUCUCCGAGCUACGCCACUCAUUCAGCCUGUAAAACAAGCAUGUAGUACUACUCCUAAAGCAGCCUUCAAGUCCCAGGGUACUGGUUUGGCUGUAGCAAAAGUACCAGCCUCUACAGUAGCCAAUGCAGAAGCCCAGCCUGAAACAGUUAAUGAUCAGAGAAUUAUUUCCAUUCCAAAACCUCAGAAUAAAGCAGGAGAUUUCCAUUUGUCCAGAGAAGAAGAAAACACAUCUGCUAAUAUCUCUGGAUCUGUGACAACUGCUGUUACACCUGCUUACAGCUGUAACUGCUGUGCAAAAUCGUUCAGUGACAGGGCGUUACUCAGUACUCAUCUUCAACUCCAUUCAGAGCAUCAGGAAACUUUCAUAUGCAAAUACUGCAGCAAACAAUUUGCAAAUCUAAAUAUACUGGAAAGUCAUGAACAAGUCUGUAUGAGAUCAAGUAGCUUAUCUGUGCACAGUGGGAAUGAACAAAAUUUUUCAGAUAAUUAUACUGCUACGGAUGGAAGGAAUGAGAGUUCAUAUGCAAACACAGAGCCUCUAUUGUCUGAAAACAGCAUAACUGAUUAUUCUAAUGCAAAUUGCGCUUUACCAGAAACGGAUCACUUGGUUAAAGUUGUUGAUGGGCAGAUAUUAUAUACUUGCAUAGUUUGCAAACGUAGUUAUGUGACGUUGUCAAGCCUUCGAAGACAUGCAAAUGUGCAUUCAUGGAGAAGAACAUACCCGUGUCACUACUGCAACAAAGUAUUUGCAUUAGCUGAAUAUCGCACAAGACAUGAGAUCUGGCACACUGGAGAAAGGCGGUAUCAGUGCAUUUUCUGCCUAGAGACUUUCAUGACUUACUAUAUACUAAAAAAUCAUCAGAAGUCUUUCCAUGCAAUUGACCAUCGUCUUUCAGUAAGUAAGAAGACCGCCAAUGGAGGCUUAAAACCAAGUGUGUACCCAUACAAACUUUACCGACUUCUGCCUAUGAAGUGCAGGCGACUACCUUAUAAGUCCUACCGAAAUUCUACAUAUGAAAACGUUCAAACAAGUAGCCAAGUUAAUGAAACUGCUUCUAGUAACUGCUUCAUUCAGAGUUCUAUUAGUGCUGAGCUACCACCUCUGAAUUUUCAAACUAAUAUAUUAACAAACAACAGAACUCUUGUCUUGGACACUUCUUCAUGUAAUGAUACAGCAUCUUCCACAAAUCCUCAGAACUCUUCCUCUUGGGGAGUAGGUAUCUUAAAUUCUGAUCUGCAAAGAGACUUCUUCACAGCUGACAAAAGAGUUCCUACUGCUACAAAAGACUCUGGUUCUCAUGAGUAUGAUUCCUCGGUUGUGUCUUUAACUAAUGUGAAUGAAAAUUCAACCUCUGUAAUCAGUUACAGCAGUUCUGCACCGUCUGUUAUAAUGCACAGUAGCAGGGUUUCAUCAGUAAUAAUGCACAGUAAAACAAUCACGUCUGUAGAAAACAGUAAGACAGAAUCUUCUAAUAGUGUACCGAGUCAACCUGUAAGUGAUGAUUGUAAUUAUGGGUCAGAUAACUAUGGAAAAUGUAUUACAAAAUCAAAACCUAUUAAGGAGAAAAAGAAAGCACUACUGGGCAGCAGAGCAGAAGCAGCUGAGGAUACGCAGCACGUCCAAGGAUCUGGAGGUUCAUCUAGCAAAACCACUAAUACUGCCGAAGAGUCGAGUAAAACUGAGACCUAUAUUGCAAAGCCUGCCUUACCUGGGACAUCUACUGACAGCAAUGUUGCUCCUCUUUGUCAGAUAACAGUAAAAAUUGGUAAUGAGGCUAUUGUAAAAAGACAUAUAUUAGGAUCUAAGCUAUUUUGUAAAAGAGGACGGAAAUCUAAACACGAGUCCAAACAAGACAAUCUAAAUGAGGAAUCAGAAGCGGAGAUAAAAGAGAAAAGCCCAUCUAGGCUCUAUAGCUCAGAAUGCCUGGAGCUGACAGAAAUGUGUGAUGAUGUAAGUGAUCAGGACUCCAGUGAUAAACCCUGGAGACCAUAUUACAAUUACAAACCGAAGAAGAAAUCUAAACAGCUAAGAAAAAUGAAGAAGACCAAAUGGAGGAAAAAGCAUGGAAACAGGAACACCGUUACGGAAAGUCACAGUACGUGCAGUCGAGAGUAUGCGCUCAGGAGCGCUCCUGAAGACAAGGCAGUGAGUCAAGAAGAGAACACAGAAAUGCCCAGUCUUCAUUGUGAGCUCUGUGAAGGAGAUCAGAACUCCACUACAGAAACUCAAGAACAUGUUCACUGGCAUCUAUCUUCUUCAAAGCCUUACAUUUGUGAAUUAUGCCAAAAACAAUUUCAAAGUCCAUCCACCUUAAAAAUGCAUAUGAGGUGUCACACAGGGGAAAAGCCCUUCACCUGCAAAACCUGUGGUAAAUGUUUUUCAGUCCCUGGAAAUUUACAGAAACAUGAACGUAUUCACCUGGGUGUCAAAGACUUUGUCUGUCAGUACUGUAAUAAGGCAUUCACUUUAAAUGAAACACUCAAAAUCCAUGAAAGAAUUCAUACUGGAGAAAAACGCUACCACUGUCAGUUCUGCUUACAGAGUUUCCUCUAUCUUUCUACCAAAAGGAACCAUGAGCAAAGACACAUACGGGAGCAUAAUGGAAAAGGAUACGCUUGCUUUCAGUGCCCCAAAAUUUGCAAGACGGCAGCUGCUCUGGGAAUGCACCAGAAGAAACAUCUAUUCAAAAGUACAGGUCCACAAGAUAGAAAAGAACAGUUCUGCAACGAAAGUGCUCAGCUGUUGGAAAAUCAACAUUUCCUUGGCUCAGAAGGAAGUGAAGGGAAAAGCAUACAAAGUGUAACUCCAGAAGUUAUACUCUGAGUGACAGUUGUGCAAAAGAGAAGAAAAAUAGAAAAUUAUAUAUGGGAGAAAAUGCAGAUGUAUUGAAUGGGGAAAAUUCUCCACACAGAUAAGUUACAAAGAUCAAAUGUCUUCAUUUAAACAUAUGUCAAUAUAUGCAAAGGAAAGAAAAAUAACACUGAAAAGAAAAACUAGUAUUUGCAAUAAUACAAACUUAAUUUGAAAGACCCCAAAUAGUUUUGCCAGAAUAGACUUCUAGCAUACAUGUAGAGAGAAAGAAGAAGAAAAGGAAGAACUCCUACUUAAAGCUAGAAGAAACUAGCCACUGAACUGUUCUACAGUGCUGUUUUUUCAGUCAGAAUCAUUCUGGACAAAAUAAAUAUGUAGGUUCCAAUUAUAUACUAUAGAAGGAAUUUUUGCUGCAGAAAUCAUAUGUCGCAUUUUUUUUUUUUAACAAAAGUUAAUGUGUUUAUAAACAAAUGGUGAUUUAGUGUAUUCUACAGUGAAGGUGGGCAGUGUUUCAUCAGUUUGGGUAUGCUGCAGUACAGCUGAGUUUUGGAGUGCUUUUCUGUAACUCAACAUUUACAAAACAGACACAGAAGUAUAAACCUUUUUUCCUUUCUGUUUUCAGUUUUGUAGUUACCAUAAUAAGCAUUAAGUCUCUGAGUGCUUGUGCAGAAAGUAUGCCAGAUUAGAGGCAUCUCUGAAACAUGUAAUAAAGAUUCAGUGCAAAUCAUAGUAGCCAGUCUUCCAAACGGCAGGAGUUCCAAAUGAUUGAACUGUAAAGUUAUUCAGGUCAUCUGUUGAAAGCAAAUUGUUCUCAUUAAGUAGUAUAGUUUGAAGAACUCUAUAAUAUAAUUGUCCACCUCCUGUUGAGUCUGAAACUCCUGUCUUUUAGAAAUAUCAUUCUUCUUAGGAGAAGAAGAGGAGAUAAGAGAGUCUUCCUCCACAUCCUGAUGUAAUGCCUGGACAACAAGUGCAGUGCAGCUCCCAGCAAAUGCUUUGAUUUUUGGGAGGAAGAGGUAAAUAACCAGAUUCUUGCUUCCAUGUAUAUCCCUGAGGCAGUUUCCAUAUAUAACAGGGAUAAGGCCAAUUUGUGGGGUUCCUUGUCAUCCCUGUGCCUUAAAUGCAAUAUCAGUACUUUGUAUGUCCCGGCGUCUCACCUGAGGCAAGCUUCAUCUCAGUGUCCCUUGGCCAAGCACAGCAGGCCCAGAGCAGAGAAGUGCCAGCACCAGGUUGCUGGAAGAAGCCACGUUGGCCUUUCUGCUUCCCUUCUCCUGCCGCACCAAAAUGUCACGGUGAGCCUUCUGGCUGUGCGGUUGGCAUUCACCAGGAAUCAGGAGGGUAAGCUUCUGAAAGAAGACAUCACUGAAAUUAACAGUACAGUUAAUCAUGUUUUCACAAAAUAGUGGUAAUUUUAACCAAAAUGAAGAGGUUUAAAAAGUUGAAGAGGUUAAACACCUACAAGUUGCAUAUUAUAUCAUAGGGUUCUGUUGUACUCUAUUUGCACUUCCAAUUUGUUAUGUACAUUCAUUGUUACAAAGUGUUAAAAGUGUUUUAAGUCUGGACAAAGGUCAGUGAACCUCAUCUUAAUUCUAUGUGCAAAUAUGGUACACAAUUUCUUUACUUGGUUUUCCUGAAUAUUCUAAAGGAAAUUAUAGCUUGGGUAUGAUAAAAUUACAAUUGAAAUUAUAGUACAGUAUUGAUUGAAGUAAUAACGUAGUCCACUUAUUUAUCCUGUCAUUGAUGAACGCAAUGAAACGUUUGGUUUCACAGCAGUUUUGGUUCCCUUUUCAAUUAGGAUCGUAGUAAAAUAAACACAGGAAAGUAUGAUGAUGUUGCAAAGAAAGUACACGAAGAUAUUUUCUAAGUGGACUUGUAUGAUGAUAAUUAUAGACCAAAGCAAAUAAGGUAGAAUAUUUAUACAUAUAAAGAUAAUUUUACAGAUAUUUUAUAUAACUGUAUAGUUCAUAAGAAAACUAUUGAUAGCUUGUGUUAGGUUUGGGGGGGGUUUGUAUAUUUUGAUAAAAACACAAUGACUUUGUAACUCUGUAUAUUAUCUACAGUUUAUAGCAAAGGAGUUUUAAGAUGGCAAUGUCAUGUUUAUAGUUCAAUUGUGGCACUUUUACUACAAGUAACACGUUGAAGUAAUGAGUUAAGUAUUAAUGACCAAAUUAGACUUAAAAUAAGUGUAAGAGAAAGUAAAUACUGUAUGUUGUCAAAGACUGUAAUUUGCUGCAUCUGUAUUUUUGUUUAGAAGAAAAUAUUAAAUGCAGAUGUUAAGGAUUGAUAAAGAGUCUAAUUUUAUUUUUAGAGAGAGUUAUUAUAACUGUUUUUGCUUGAUUAAAAUAACCUCUUCCUA